AUGACCCCCAUGCCCUCGGGAGAGGCCAGAGCCUCCAGCGUCCCCACACCUGGUGGUAGCAGGUCUACAGACAUCCCAACAGUGGGGUCCCAAAGUCAGGUGCCCCUCCUCGCAGAUGUCCCAACAGCUCACGACACUGCAGCAUUGGCUGAACAGCAGGAUGUAGAUCAGCCUUCCAAGCCAGCCACCUUGGGGGCCACGUCAGCAUCUGAGGAUAAGGACAAGCAUGGAGCUGCCGUGGGGCACGCCCAGGAGCCCACAGGAGCCCACAGCCCUGCUUGCCCCCCGGCCCCAGGUGCCCUGCAAAGGUCCAUGGGCUUCCAGAACCUAGUGCAGAAAGUGCUGGUGCAAGAUUCGAGUAUGACUCAGAAUCCUCAGAUUUUCCAACUUUACUCCCUGAUUAAGGAAGAGACACCACAAGCGGCAGGCGUCCCAGACAGGGAACAGGAACUAGCUCCAUCUACCCCAAGCGCUGAGGUACAGUCCCUGCAAAAUGUGGAGGCUCAGCCCAUCGUGAGUACAGCAGAUGCCAAUGACCGGCUGACAUGGGCUGCUGACACUGCUGAAGCUGUUGAGGAGAAACCUGAGGGUCAGGAGGCCUUGAACCCUGACACUGAUGCUUUGCCAUCAGCCCCUGCCUCGCCGGGGGCAGCCGUGCAGAGGAGGUCCCUGGACUCCACGGCCAGUGAGAACAACUACAUGCGCUCCAUGACCAGCUGGCUGGGCGGGGGUGAGGGGUCCGUCAGCUCCCUGGCAGACAUCCUGGCGUGGUGGGACACUGCCACGGGCGUGGCCACGGGCAGCCUGGCCUCCGGCCACGGCUCCGUGACAGACCUGCUGCACAACCCGGGGCCCAGCCUGCGCUCCAUCUCCAGCAUCCUGGGGAGUGCCACCUCUGCCUCGUGCUCCGGGCCGGCAGGGGGGAAGUCGGCCCUGCGCUCCAUCACCCACACGCUGGAACCGGUGGAGCGGAGGACCGUAGAGGACAUCCUCUCGGCCACGCACUGCCUGACCAGCCACCUCGCCCCACGCCAGGCCCACGCCGGCCCCAACUUGGACGAUGCCCCGCGCUCGACAGCCUCCCGAGACCCCGGGAGCACUCACGCCCUGCUCGCUCAUGCAUCCCUAUCCUGGACGGCUCUCCCCAGACCGGGCAAUAAAUCACCGGGGCUGGGGGCCAAAGUGCAGAAGGAAAAGGGCCUGGGCAGGGCAGGCGUCGCGGGGCUCAGACCUGCACAAAUUGAUCUUGGCUGGACCUCUAACCAGAACAAAUAA